GGUGAAUAUAAACCGUCGUCGACUUCCAGGAAGAGCAAUCGAGCGUGAUUCGCUCGAGCAGCCCUCUCGCCCGCCAAUCAACGAGGGGGAAGGAAGAUGGCAUCCACCGAGCAACCGGAUCCACCGACACAGCCUGGCCUUCCACACGGAGACAGUGGGGCAGCUCCCCCCAGAGAAGCACUGAUUACCACUGCUGUAAAGUUUCUACAGAACCCAAAAGUGCGUCAGAGCCCCUUGGCCACCAGAAAAGCUUUCCUGAAGAAAAAAGGGCUGACGGAUGAAGAGGUAGAGUUGGCCAUCCAGCGCUCUGGCAGCACAGAGGAAGUCCUGCCCCUGAGCCCUGUGGGAUCCCCACAUCCACUCCACGCAACUCAGCUGGCUCCUAUAGCUCACAGUUCGGCAGGCUACCGAUGGAGAGACUACGGUGCCCUCACCGUCAUUAUGGUGGGAAUCGCCUUUGGCUUUCAUCAGCUUUACAAGAAAUACAUCCUUCCCCUCAUUAUGGGCAGCCGAGAGGACAAGAAGCAUCUGCAGAGGAUGGAGAGCAACAUUGCGGCAAUGAGUGGCACGCUGACACAGACAGUAAGCCAGCUGCAGCAAACCCUGGUCUCUGUCCAGGAGCUCCUGAUCCAGCAGCAGCAGAGAAUCCAAGAGCUCUCUCAGGAGCUGGCUGCAGCUGAGCACUUAGUUAACCAGCGGAAAGAGGCUGACCCCUAUUGCACCCAGGCACCCACCCGAGACACAUCAUCUUCAACCAACCGCAUCCUGGAAAACCAAACAAUUGGAGAGCUGAAGCAAGAAGUUGUCUCUUUGAAGGGCUUACUGCUCAGCAGGAGACAAUUCCCCUCCACUCCCACCGUUCCUAAGAUCCCCUCAUGGCAAAUUCCACUGAAGCCACCUUCAGCAUCCAGCCCGCCGUCUGUUAACCACACCAACAGCAGCAGCGACAUCUCCCCCGUCAGUAACGAGUCGGCCAACUCGUCCCCUGUCAAAGAUGGACAGCACACCCCUCAGGAUGCACUGGGAGGCCCUGAUGGAGCUCGUCUUAUCAAUGGAGAUGCCAGCACCAUGGGCCUCGGCACAGCGCUGCCCCUGGACCUGAAGGACCAGGUCCGCAUGGAGGUGCAGGGGGAGGAGGAGAGGAGGGAGGAAGAGGAGGAUGAUGUCAGCCAUGUAGAGGAGGAGGAGGAGGGUCUAAGCAUACAGACAGAGGAUCGGCGAGGUGGGGACGGACAGAUUAAUGAACAGGUGGACAAACUGAGGCGACCCGAGGGUGCCAGCAAUGAGAGCGAGCUAACAAGAAGAGUCCACGAGUGAGAAGGAGGGAUAUCAGCUCUCGUGCCAUUUCCACCUCCAUCACACGGCCUUCAUAGGAACACCGAAGGUAGACGGACACUGAACAUUUCUGUGACACCAGUCCUAACUUACAAUGAUUUGUACUUGAUUGACUUCAUGUUAAAAGUUUCAAAUGAUAAGACAAAAGCCCUGCUGUGUCCUGCAAGAAAAUGUAUUUAAUACAAUCAAAUUUGUGUGGAUGAAUAAGCUUGGUUAAAAGAAGUACAGUAACUUUUGCUUCUUAGCACUGUGGUUUCAGUGAUCGGUUUUCUCUGUAAACACUCUUUGUUAGCCAGAAGUGUGCAUAGCUGACAUACAUUUGGUUUUAUUAGGUUUCUAGUUACAUCUAAACCAGCUGAUCACUAAAUAUAUGCUACUGACAAACCAUGUAUUACUGCGAUUUUCAUGUUUCUAUUACACAUUUCUCACAUUUGAUUAAUGUUUUACAUCAGUGCAACUGUUUCUCCUUAUGUGUAUAUUUUGAAACAUACACAGCUAAAAUACUUGAUCUCUAGUAAUAAACUGAGUGCUGAUUUAAAUCCUAAGAGUAUAAUGUACUUGCUUUGUAUUUCCAUCCAUUCAAUUGACAUUCAAGGAAAGACGGACUUAAAUCGCACUGAAAGUUGUCACUUUUUGUUGUAUCAGUUUUGUCUUUGCUUUAAAUCUCUGUAUGUAAGUUCAGGGGAAGGACUUUAUUUUAUUUUUUUUGCAAUAUACACAUCAAGUAACAAAUGGAGUUCGGCAAUAAUAAAGUCAGACUUAGGAAAAUGUUCCAUUCUGUGAAAAAACUUUUUGUCACAUUUCUUUACCAAGUUUGAGCUUUUUACAUCAAAGUAACAGCUGUGCUGUUAAUUCUAACCAUAAAGGCCUGUCAAUUUCUGAAACCAUUUUUAGGCCCAAAAAUGCGAUUAAUCUUAGUGGUCCCUGAGCUUUCUGGGUUUUGCGCAAAACUUCUUGUGUGUACAAUUAUGAACCACUCAGUUGUGAAUUUUCAGAAAGUAUGACCAGGCAGGGACUUUCAAACUUCAUUUUCUCUGCGUUCUCUCUGGAAAUGAGUCAGUGACACAGUUAUACGUCAAACGUGUGAAGAUUUGUUUAUUUCUGUGGGUGGAUUGUCAUUGUCUGUCUUUUGGUUUCUGCGGUGGGUAGGCUACCUUCUUGAGGAGCAUUUCCUAUUCCAUUUUGAAUACAUUAAAGAAAUUGUACAUUACA